AUGAAAAGAUUUUUGCAGCAUGGCAGUGAUGCUUAUUUACCGGCCAACAGAUCAUAUGUACAGCAAAAAAGUUCGUUGGCUGCGGUGAAUUUCUUCCUUGCUUCCAUUUCUGUAACAAGAUUUUGUGAUUUGGAACCCGAGAAUUCACUAAAAAACACCACCGUUUCGGAGAGUAAUGCAAAAGCGAAUGGAAGUUCUACUGUACAAUCCACAACAAUUACGCCAAUGCCAACGAUACAGAACGGAAAACCAAGCGCCGGAUUUAUGCUUCCGGGAGGAGUAAUGAGCCAUAAAGAAUCGAUAUUUUUGAAGCUCAAUAAGCGAAUCAGUAAUUUGGAAUUGAAUAUGUCACUGAGCAGUGAAUAUCUAUCCGAACUAAGCAGACGCUAUGUUUUGCAAACGAACGAAAGUCGACGACAAGCUGAGCUAAUAAUUAAACAAGCCGAAGAAGCGGCUGUGAAUGCAGUCAAACCCAUCAUUGAUGCUCUGAAAAUCCAGGGUGAAAAAAUACGUAUGGUAGCGAUGUAUGUGCAGAAACAAGUGUUUUGUACAGAGCAUGAGGUCGAUAAUGUAAUUAGUAACAGGAUUCGAGAAAUCCGGAAGUAA